AUGUUGAGAAAGGGGGAGUGGGUCUGGGUGGACUCAGACAUAGGGGUGCCCAUUGGAGCUAGGGUCAAAGUAACUCCUUCAGGUCAGCGGUUACUGGUGGACGAUGAGGGAAAGGAGCAGAGUUUGUCACCGGAGCAGGAAGCCUCCCUCAAGAUCAUGCACCCUACAUCAGUGGAGGGGGUGGACGACAUGAUCAAACUUGGGGACAUGACAGAAGCCGGCCUCCUCAGGAACCUGCUGCUCAGACACAAAAAAGGCAUCAUCUAUACCUACACAGGCUCAGUGCUGGUGGCCGUGAAUCCAUACAAAGAUUUUCCAAUUUACUCUGAUGAGCAGGUGAGGUUAUACCAUGGGCAGAAACUUGGAGAGCUCCCGCCACACAUCUUUGCCAUCGCCGAGGCCUGCUACUUUAACAUGACUCGCCAUCUCAGAAACCAGUGCUGCAUCAUCAGCGGGGAGUCUGGAGCAGGGAAGACGGAGAGCAGUAAACUAAUCCUGCAGUACCUGGCAGCAGUCAGCGGUGAGCUCUCUCAGCAGCAGAUUGAAAAGCAGAUUCUGGAGUCCAACCCGAUUCUAGAAGCGUUUGGAAAUGCCAAAACAGUCCGCAAUGACAACUCCAGUCGCUUUGGGAAAUAUUUGGAAAUCUUCUUUAACGUGGAUGGAAUGAUUGAAGGCGCGCGAGUGGAGCAGUAUCUUCUAGAAAAGUCUCGUGUUUGUCAUCAGGCUCUGGAGGAGCGAAAUUACCACAUAUUUUAUUGCCUGCUGGCAGGAAUCACAGCAGAGGAGAAAAAAACCCUGAGCCUCGGGAAUGCUAAGGAAUAUAAAUUCCUUACCAAGGGCAACUGCAUCACCUGCGGGGGACGAGACGAUGCUAAAAGCUACAGCCGUAUUUGUUCUGCCCUAAAAACCCUGACUUUCACAGGAAACCAGUGUCAGGAAAUCUUCAAGCUCCUGGCAGCCAUACUGCACCUGGGAAAUGUCUGCUUUGAGGCCACCACUCAAAAUAACCUGGAAAGCAGUGGCGUCAGCAAAUCACAACAUUUCAGCGUGGCGGCAUCACUACUGGAGGUGGAGAAGCCCAUCCUGGAGACCAAUCUGACCCAUCGAACCUUUAGGACCACCCGAGAAAGGGUGACCAAACCCCUCAGCUGUGAGCAGGCUGCAGACUGCAGAGACGCCUUUGUCAAGGCCAUCUACAAUAAGCUGUUCAUAUGGAUUGUUGGGAAAAUCAACAGUGUCAUCUAUAAGAAGCUGACCAGCAACUCCAAAUCGUCCUACCUGUCCAUCGGCCUGCUUGACAUCUUUGGCUUUGAGAACUUCAAUACAAACAGUUUUGAGCAGCUUUGCAUUAAUUUUGCCAAUGAGAAGCUGCAGCAGUUCUUUGUGGGCCACAUCUUCAAGCUUGAGCAGAAGGAGUACCUGAAACAGGGCGUCGUGUGGGAUAACAUCAACUUUAGUGACAAUCAGAGCGUCCUCGACCUUCUGGCUGGAAUUCCCUGUAACGUGUUGGCUCUCAUUGAUGAAGAGAGCCAUUUUCCAAAGGGUACAGAUGCUACCAUGCUAAAGAAGAUGAACCAGCAGUACAAAGACAACGAAAACUACAUUGGUGCCAGGAGUGAUCAUGGCACACACUUUGGGAUCCGUCACUUUGCUGGCCUGGUUCACUAUGACUCCAGUGGUUUCUUGGAAAAGAACAGAGAUGCUGUCAGUUCUGACAUCAUCAAGAUGGUUGACGUGUCCACCAAUAAGCUACUGCGUCAGAUAUUUGAAGCAGAGCUUUCGACCAAUGGGAUUAAGGCUGCUGUAAAUAAGAAGUUCAUCAUGACCCCCAGCAACUCUCUGCGGGGACAUGCUGACGUUCGUAAACAAGUCCCGACGCUGAGCGGUCAGUUCCGUCAGUCUCUGGACUCCCUGAUGAAGGCUCUGUCUGGCUGUCAGCCUUUCUUCAUCCGCUGCUUCAAACCCAACAAUGACAAGCAGUUUGAGGUGUUUGACAGAGAGCUGUGUAUGCGUCAGCUGAGAUACUCCGGCAUGAUGGACACAAUCCGUAUCCGGAAGCUGGGAUUUCCCAUUCGACACACCUUUGCCGAUUUCUUAAAGCGCUACAGGGUGCUGCUGAAGACGACCGUCUGUGACCCCAAAACUGCGUCUGCUGCAGCCUGUUGUAAAGCCAUCUGCGAGGAAGUGAUCGGAGGAGAGGGUGAAUGGAAAACAGGCAAUACCAAAAUUUUCCUGAAGGAUUCCCAUGAUGCUGUCCUGGAGCGGCUGAGGGAACUAGAGCUCAGCAGAGUAGCUGUGGUGAUCCAGAGAGUCAUGCUGGGACACAGAGACAGAAAGUCUUUUCUGAGGAAGCGGAGGGCAGCUGUGGUGCUGCAGAGGUGUUGGAGAUCCUACAGAAAUAGAAAGGUUCAGCGCGGCUUUGAUCGGCUGGCAUCAAAGAUCCGAAGCCGGAAGCUUCAGUUAAAGUACCAAAAGCAGCGGAACGCAGCAGUCCUCAUACAGGCGCAGGUACGAGGCUACACGGCGAGGAAGGACUGGAAGAAGAAGAGAGAGGCAGUCAUACGGCUGCAGGCUCACACACGAGGAGUACUGGCCAGGAGAGAAGUUCAGUCCAUGAGGGACGUGGCCUUAGUUUUAGAGAUGGACAGUCCGAACGAUGACCUGGAUGCCUUGGUGCUUAAAGAGCGGCUAGAAGAAGUCAUCUGGUCGCAGCGGGAGGAUGUCGAGUCAGUCUCGGAUCAGGGAUCAGACGACAACACGUAUGAGCUUCACGCCACACCUCCAGUCAUAGUAGUAAAAGAAGAAACAUCCGAAUCUGAGAGUCGGAGCAGUCCAGAACCUGUUGUGGAAAAAUCUAAGAUCACGAAGCCAGAGUUGAUCAUCACACCGCCGUCAAAGUCAGCAACCCCGACCCCUUCGGUGGAAAAAGAGGAGGAGGAGGAGGAGGACGAUGACUAUGAUGACGACAGUGACGAGUUUUCAUUCUACAAGUUCAGCCAGCGUCACUUCCAGGACAAUGCUAACCACACACACAUCACCUACAGGCUCAAGAAGUCUCUCCUGCAUCACGACGAUGAGGGUGAUGCACUGGCAUGUCUGACUAUAUGGUGGAUCAUUAUGCGUUUCAUGGGGGAUAUACCAGAACCCAAAUCUUCAGAUUCAGUAUCUGUGGCAUCAAGCAUCUCAUCCCAUCCUCUGCCCAGCAGGCAGGGCAGGAGGCUGAGCAACUUGGUGGGAUUGGACGAGAAAAUACUGAGGAAGAACAAGAAAAAGUUUGGAAACAGAAAAGCCUCUGCUAUCCCUGAGGAGCCAGAAAACUUGACAGAAGACGAGGAUGUUAUGAUCGGAGAGGGUCCCACGCUGCACAGGCCGCUUUCAGACCUGGAGAAACUUCACAUCAUCAUCGGCUACGCUCUGUCCAAACGAGACAUAUGGGAUGAGAUCUACUGUCAGAUCUGUAAGCAGCUGGUGAAAAAUGGGAACAGGAGGAGUCGCAUGCAAGGCUGGACUCUCCUCUCCAUCUGCCUGGGGAUUUUUCCCCCUACAGACUUCUUCAAGAAGUAUCUGCAGAAUUUUCUCCGCAGGGGGCCGAAUGGUUACAGGGAGUAUUGUACUAAGCGCCUGCAUCGUAUUUUAGCCAAUGGAGCAAGAACAGAGUUGCCUUGCUGGAUAGAGCUACAGGCUGCCAAGUCCAAGAAGCCCAUAGAUAAGACUGUGACAAUACCGGAUGGUCGAAUGAUCAGUAUCCAUCUGGAAUCAGCCUCCACAUCUGCUGAAGUCUGCCAAGACGUGGCCAAUGACAUUGGUCUUAAAGACACCUACGGAUUCUCCCUGUACAUUAGCCUCUAUGAGAAGAUAUGGUCUCUGGGCAGCUCUGGGAUGCACGUGCUGGAUGCAGUGUCUCAGUGCGAGCAGGAGAUGAGGAGGCAGGGCAAAGUGGAGAAGGACACCCCAUGGUCGCUGUCCCUCCGUAAGGAACUGUUCACGCCCUGGCACAGCUGUUCACUAGAUGAAACCAGCACAGAGCUCAUCUACAGGCAGGUCAUCAAGGACAUCAAGUCAGGAGAAUACAGCGAAGGGAAGGAGGAUGAUUAUAUCCAGCUGGCAGCAAUGCACUAUUACAUCAAGUUUGGCUCGGACUACAGCAUCGAGAACGUCCACAGGGUGGUUGAUGAGUUCAUCCCCACCCAGCUUAUUGAGAGCAAAUCUAAAACAAAGUGGACCCAGUUCAUCAGCUCUGCUCACAAAGAGGGUCCUUACAUCAGUGGAAAGAAAAACUCGGAUGAGGUAAAAGGAGAGCUGGUGGACAGCGCAUGCAAGAAAUGGGCGCUCCAGUUUUCCAAGUUUUAUGAAGUCACAAUGAUGUCAGGACCUCCUUUGCCCAAAAGCAGAUUCUUUGUGGCUGUAAACUGGAGUGGCGUCUUCUUCAUGGAAGGAAGAGAUAAGCAACUUCUUGAUAUUCCUUACAUAGAGAUAAAGAAAGUCCAGGAGAAGAGUGACAGCACCCAGUCCAUUAGCUUGAUCACAGUCAGAGGAGAGUAUGUCCUGAAGUCUGCGGAAGCUGCGGAGAUGGGAGCACUGAUAGAAAAAAAUGUGGAAGGGCUGAGGCAGCGCUCGAUGUUUGCGAUAGCUCAGCAGGACUUCAGUAAACCAGAUGACCCCACUUUCCUGGUUUGUAAACGAGGUGACCUGGUGCAGGUAGACAAGGAUAGCGAUUCAUCUUAUGAGAUCUAUUUCAGAGCCAUCAACAAGCGCACCGAAAGCAGGGGUGCAGUCGAUAAGAAAAUAUUGCAGUUCCUGCCAACUCUUACUGAGCCCACUAAAGAAAUGCUGGAACAACUCAAUCCAAAACAGGAAAAGAGGAGAGCUUCACUCAAUGUUACCACCAUUCAAACAGAAGAAACCGUGGCCCCUGUUUCCUUAAAAGAGUUUGCACUUGAGAACUUCAGGGCUGUGGGUAAGGAUGCUGGUCGGCAUGGUGCCAAAGGAGCCAGCAGGGAGAAACUGUGGGUAAUUUCCAGAGAGCCUAUCAAACAGCCGCUCCUGCAGAACCUGGUCAAUAACUCUGAGCUCAGCAGCCUGGCCUGCAGUGCCUUCACUGCCAUCCUGAAGUACAUGGGCGACUACCCCCUCAAACAUGUUCGCAGUCCUGUAGAGCUGACCAACCAGAUCUUUGGUCCAGCCACAAAGCAUGAAGAACUGCGGGAUGAAAUUUACUGCCAGAUUAUGAGACAGAUGACCAGCAACAGCAACAGUUUGAGCAUGGAGCGUGGGUGGCAGCUGAUGUGGCUGUGUUCAGGCUUGUUCCCACCCAGUCCAAAUUUGGUGAGACACACUCAGCGCUUCCUGGAGUCGCGGUUCAGAUACCCACUGGCUACUGGCUGCCUGCACAGGCUGCAGGAGAUGCGCAGUAAAAAUCCCAGGAAUCUUCCUCCCCAUCUAAUAGAAGUGGACGCCAUCCAACAGAACAGCCCCAAGAUCUUCCAGAAAAUCCACUUCCCAAAUGAUACAACUGAUAUAGUCGAGGUGACAUCGACAACCACGAUUGGAGAGCUGUGCUCCAGCAUAGCCAAUCAGCUCAUCCUGAAUUCACCCGAAGGAUACGGCCUAUACCUGAAAACACAAACCAAGACGGUGAGCAUGGAAGAGGAAAAAUAUUUCUUUGACAGUCUACGGCUAACCUCAGAGCCCCCCAAAAAGGGAAAAAAAGUAAAAGAAGUCAAUCAGGCAAAUGUACCGUUCUUGGUGAUCUAUAAGAGGAAGCUCUGGUUCAACGUGAACCCGGGGAAAGAUGAGAAAGCAGACCUCACCUUCCAUUUCCCACAGGAAAUGUCCAAGUACCUGCGGGGAUACCACAACUGCACCAAAGAAGACAUGUUUAGCCUGGGUGGGCUUCUGUUCAGGGUUAAAGUUGACUCAGACAGGUCGCAGUUUGUCAUGAUUCCCAAAAUGCUGAAGGACCUGGUUCCUGCUGACCAGCAAAAAAUCAUGUCCGGUGAAGACUGGAAGAAGCACAUCAUCUCCUCGUACAAGAAGCAGAGCGGCAUCACAGUCCAAGAGGCCAAAAUUGCCUUCCUGAAAACCAUUUCAAGUUGGCCGACCUUUGGCUGCACCUUCUUUGAAGUUAAACAAACAUGUGAAUCUAGCUACCCGUCUAUAGUUCUGAUCAGCAUCAACAAGCAAGGUCUCAGCUUAAUAGACCUACAAACAAAGGAAACGCUGAUAAUGCACGAGUACAGCCGCAUCACAGAGUACCACAGCAAAGGCAACUCCUUCCAGAUGACCAUCGGCACCCUGGUCAGGGGCAUCAACUUUGUCUGUGAAACCCCACAGGCUCACACAAUCGAAGACCUUCUCAAAUCAUACAUCAUCAUGUAUGAAAAGCAGAGGCAGGCGCCCUUUCAACACAGGAAGAGCAUAUUUUCUUAAGGUUUCAGUGGCAAAAGCAUAGACUUAAUGUUAUUUUGAAUUAUAUGUAUUCCUGCUCAAUGUUGCUAUAUUAAUGUAUUUUUAUG